GCUAGUGUAAUUGUGACAUCCGUGGCUGGGUUCGGUGGAUGCGGAGGGGUUUGUCGCCAGUCGGUGUCUUUGGGUUUUCUUUUGGUCAUCCCCAAUCAAUAGGUUCCUAGAUGUCUAACCCAACGAUAUUCAACCCGGUUAUGCCAUACAGUGGUGCGAUCUUUGGUGGUUUGCGACGAGGGCAGAUGAUAGCAGUGCAAGGAAUAUUGCCCAAAGAAAGUGAAAGAUUCCAAGUGGAUUUACAGUGUGGAAGCAGUGAAAAACCUCGUGCAGAUGUAGCCUUCCAUUUCAAUCCACGUUUUUGGAGAUCUGGGCGUGUUGUUUGCAAUACUCUGACAUGUGAAAGAUGGGGACGUGAAGAGAUAAAAUAUGAGAUGCCAUUCAAAAAAGGAGAGCCAUUUGAAAUCAUUUUCUUCGUAAUGGUUGACAGGUUCAAGGUUGCAGUUAAUGGAAAACAUUUCAUGGACUACCAACACAGAAUAAGUGUGGACAGAGUUGACACACUUGGAAUUUCCGGUGUGGUCCAAAUUCAAACGAUUUGCUUCUUGAACAGCACUGAACAGGAUAAUCCAUAUUCUACCCUACCGAUAAAGAAGACUGAUGCAAGUGGGACUCAUGCCAAGCCUACAACAAUUCCAUUGGCUGUUCCUUACAUGGGUCAGAUUAAGGAUGGAUUAUGCCCUGGUCGAACAAUCACUCUUCAAGGCAAAGUCAAUAGGAACCCAGACAGGUUCGCUAUUAAUCUCUGUGUGAGUGAUUCCACCGACAUUCCACUGCACCUGGCACCUCGGUUCAAAGAAAAAGCUUUCGUUCGAAACUCUUUUCUCUAUCAAAGCUGGGGUGAAGAGGAGAGGAAGAUAGACGACUGUUUUCCAUUUAACCCAGAGGCAUACUUUGAGAUUAUCAUUUAUUGUAGUUCUGACUGUUUCAAGAUUGCUGUGAAUGGAGAGCAUUUAUUGGAAUAUAAACACCGGUUUACUGAUUUGAGCAAAAUUGACAUGUUGGAAGUAGAUGGAAAUAUCCAGCUGUUUGAAGUACAGACUUGGUAGGUGGAGAGAAGCUGCUGACCAAAAUUCACACUCAUGCCAGGAUAAUAACUGGGUGCGUAACCUAUCGAAUUCUGUUUCUAAUUAUAGAGAAUACGUGAUCAAAUCAAGAAGAAAAUAAUUUCUUCGGGAUUGUUGCAUGAUGUUUGAAGAUCUGGAUUUUGUUUUGGAAUUGCUUUGUUGAAUUCAUUUAAAUCUCAGUACUCAAAGAAAAGAAUUUUGAGGGUAGCAUCAAUUCUAUAGAACCACCUCCAACCUCUCCCACAUCACGACUUAAAUAAUUUUGAAUGCUAAAUGGUUUCAAGUGCAUAGAUAAUUUUACUUUGGAGUUCAAAUGGUGUUUAAAUAUGUAUUUUUUAAAGGCUGCAAUGUGUUAAAAUAGUUUGCUAAUGUCCUAAAUCCUAUCCUGCAAAACAAAGUCAGACUGUUAAUUAAACUGAGCACUUCUUUUCUAACUUUACUCAGCAUCAAAGGCUGUGCAAUGUUGGCUUUAGCCUAUAAGUCUGAGUAUUCUAUCUGACUAAUGUGCAAACAUGAAUAGUCAAUUAAAACUAUGGUAUUCCACAAAUGUUGUAGAUGGAAGUAUUAUUCAUAAAAAGCUAAUACGUUUUGGUUUUCUCAGGCUGUUUUAACAACCUGUUUCACAAAUUAUUGUAGAGUUCUGUGCAGUGUUACAAAAUCAUUUGGUUCAUUUGGCUAGCCUGCACAACCUGGACACAAAAGACAAUAUGAAAUUUAAUUUGCAUUUUUGAUCUUGAGGGGCAGAAAAUCCACCCCAUUAUUUGAAUUAGGAGUUAGACUGAUGAUCUUUACCCGGCAGCAAGAAUGUUGUCAU